AUGAUGCUCAUCGGUGACACAUUCGGCUUUUAUCAAUUAGUGCUUAGAAAGCACUCAUGCAGACUUCGCUAUAUCCUUCAUCAAUUGAACAGUGGACAGUUACCACUAGAAGAUCUGAAACGGAAUAUUGAAUAUGCGGCACUGGUGCUUGAGACGGCGUAUAUGGAUGAAACUCGGCGGAUAUGCGAUGAGGACGAUGAUUUGGCCGAAGUUACCCCGGAAACCGUCCCAGACGAGGUUCGAGAAUGGUUAGCGGCAACUUUCACUCGACAGACAGCCGGUAAGAAGCGCGAAAAGCCGAAAUUUAAAUCGGUGGCAAAUGCGAUUCGUACUGGAAUCUUCUUCGACAAACUCUUCCGCAAGCAACAAAAUGUUCACUGCCCGAUUCCACUCGAAAUUGCCGAGCUGCUUAGGGAGGUCAACUCAUGGUCUUUCAAUCCGUUCCAUUUGAAUGAGGUGUCAGAAGGCCAUGCACUGAAAUACGUCGGGUUCGAGCUCUUCAAUAGAUAUGGAUUCAUGGAUCGCUUCAAGAUUCCGCUACCUGCUUUUGAAAAUUUUCUUCAUGCGUUGGAGCAAGGCUACAGUAAGCACAAUAACCCUUACCAUAACGUCGUUCACGCAGCUGAUGUUACUCAGUCGUCACACUUCAUGCUCAGCCAAACCGGGCUUGCGAACAGCCUCGGAGACUUGGAAUUGCUGGCGGUUUUGUUUGGAGCCCUAAUACAUGACUACGAGCACACCGGUCACACGAACAACUUCCAUAUUCAGUCGGGAUCUAAUUUCGCGCUUUUGUAUAACGAUAGGAGUGUUCUCGAAAACCAUCACGUCUCAGCGUGCUUCCGACUGAUCAAAGAAGAAGACAAGAACAUCUUCUCGCAUCUUACCAGGGACGAAUUUAGGGAACUGCGUAGCAUGGUGAUCGACAUCGUCUUAGCGACGGACAUGUCCACUCACUUCGUUCAGAUCAAGACAAUGAAGAAUAUGCUGUCCCUUCCAGAAGGAAUCGAUAAGAACAAGGCGUUAUGCUUGAUCGUACAUGCAUGUGACAUAUCGCAUCCUUCUAAACCGUGGCUGCUUCACCAACGAUGGACGGAAGGCGUUCUCGAGGAGUUCUUCCGGCAAGGGGAUCUCGAGGCGUCGAUGGGUUUGCCAUAUUCACCGCUUUGUGAUCGACAUACAGUGCUCGUGGCUGACAGUCAAAUAGGUUUUAUCGAUUUUAUCGUCGAGCCAACGAUGGUAGUUUGUGGUGAGCUGCUGACGAAAAUGGUUGAGCCACUCGUCUCUCUACCUCCGUCCGACACGCUAUUCCCUCCAAAUGGAGAUCAGAGUGAGGCCACUAGUCCUGGUUUAGCGCACAGUCCGUUACCAGAGGCUAGGACAUCCGUGUCGCCAUCAGCGUCUAUUCGUCGUCUUCCGCUCAACUACUGCGGUAAACUUGAUAUUCCUACACCGUGGAUGAAGUUCUUGCAUGACAAUAAGGCCAAUUGGAAAGAACGUGCUAACGAGGAAGAAGAGAUUUAA